AUGCCACUCGUCACGUCUUCGCCCCCUCGUCUCCAGAAGCUCUCAUACCAUGCCUGUCCGACAAGACUCGAAAAGGAACAAGCUGCCGCCGGCAAGGACAUCUGCAACCUUCCUACCGACCUCACCGAGAUUGGUCCCUGGAUUUUGGGAGAUAUGAUUGGCAAGGGGUCGAGCGGUAGAGUCAAGCUCGGCAAACACAAGUACUCGGGCAAGAUUGCGGCUAUCAAGAUCAUUUCCAAGAACCCAGUCUUGACCAGCAAACAAACCUUGGCCGGAAUGGACGCCAAGCAUCAAAAACAGCUCCAAGCUAUUCAUCGCGAAAUUGUGAUUAUGAAACUGAUAAACCAUCCUUGCAUCAUGGCAUUGUACGACUUGCAAGAGACCGAGACUGAAUUCUACCUGGCCCUCGAAUACGUCCAAGGCGGCGAACUGUUUGAUUAUAUUGUUUCGCGAGGGUGUCGAUUACCCGAGCCCGAAGCUCUAUUUUACUUUAAGCAGAUUCUAUAUGGAUUGGACUAUUGCCAUCGAUUCAACAUUUCCCACCGAGACCUUAAACCCGAAAACAUCCUUUUGGACAAGCAUAUGAAUAUCAAGAUUGCGGAUUUUGGUAUGGCCGCGCUCGAAGUGGCUAAUGGAAUGCUCGAGACGAGUUGUGGUAGUCCGCACUAUGCGAGCCCGGAGAUUGUUGCUGGAAAAGCUUACCACGGGGCGAGUUCGGACGUUUGGUCCUGCGGGGUCGUACUAUAUGCGCUCUUGACGAGCCGUUUACCGUUUGACCACCCAGACAUCAGGGUCUUGUUGAAAAAGGUCAAGGUUGGCAAGUUUGAGAUGAACAGUGAUAUUUCGCCCCUUGCGCAAGACUUGAUCAGGCGCAUGCUCGUCGUGGACCCAGAGAAACGAAUCACCGUUCGCCAAAUCUUUAGACACCCCUUUUUCAAGGGCCAAACCAACCGUCUGUUUAUCAACCCGCCGCCUCCCUCGCUCGGCGAACUUGCGAUGCCGAUCGGACAGGCGGAACGCAUCGAACGCGCCUACCUCGAUAACCUCGUCUUGCUCUUUCACAAGUCGCCCGUCGAGAUUGAGCAUGCGCUCCGGGCGAGUGUGCCUAGCUGGGAAAAGGCGUUUUUGUAUCUCUUGAGGCAGUAUGCCGAGCGCGUGAGGGAGAAUUAUGGGGAGGACGGGAAGACGAGUUCGGGUCGGACAGAGUUGCCCAAGACUGUGUUUGCAGAUGUUACGAAUGGUGCGCUCGCCCGUCGGCGCAAGGAUCUGUUUUCCAAGCCUCGUCCGCCUCCGGUGGGUGGUGUUGGGAUGGAAAGGUCCGAUCGACCGGUGGUUGGACGUACGGGCGGAGGUGUAAAGAUGGAACGAUCCGACCGGCCCAGGCCUGCAAGUCUUGGCGGACAGAGCGACGAGGUCAAGACACCCAAGGACGAGAUGAGACAAGUUGCGUAUGACGAUGUACCAGACAAACGGGGCUCGAUAUAUUCGAGGGAUGAAGCUUGGAGGUACGAGUUUAGACGCUCGAGGGACGAGUCGAGGUAUACCAGGGAAGAAGGCUCUCGUCGUGCGCGCCCGCCUAGCGUUGUCGGUCCUCGCCCCAACCCGCCCUCGCCGUCCAAGAUUCGUACCGCUCCCGUAUCGCCGUCUAGAAUCUCGUCUGGUCGUCCGGCUCCGGAACCUCGCCCCGCAUCUGUCAUGUCGGCUUACCCACCCUCAGAGGCGAGCAAGGUCUCUCAUGGGCCCUUUGAUAUGGGCAAACCCCCUCGUCCGACGUCUCAUUUGAAUCCGAUGGCACAGGCGUUCGAGUCGGUGUUCCAGGAUGUAGUCGUUGGUCCUGAACCGUUCAAGAGCGUGCUUUCUCCCGAUAUCGACGGAGGGUUCAUGAUGGUGCACAAGCGAUGGUCUGGAGAAGGAGGAGAACCGACCGAGGGCGCUACUAGGGUAUCUGGAGAUCGAGACCGAGACCGAGGGACGAGUUCGCGAGUGUCUUCGGAAGACCAGAACCGGGACAUUUCCAGGCGCUCUAGACUUUCGCCCCAUGCAGAGCCCUUUAUCCUCGGAUCACUGGGUCAACCUGCGGGAAAAUCUGGAAGAAAGGGGAAGCCUGCCCCUUUGAGCUUGAAUAACCCCAACUGGCAGGCGGUAUCUUCGACCUCUCAGCCUCCGACGCCUGGGAUAGACUCGCCCAAGAUUGGACAGCAGCCCAAGGUCACUGGGUGGUUCACGAACCUGUUUACGUUCAAGCCGGUCUUUCAUGUGCUCUAUUCGACUGCUUCGAUUGACCUGACUGCUAGAGAGUGUACACGUGUUUUGACGACUUUUGGGAUUCAGGUGCUCAAGGCCGAGGGACACGACGUGUUGAGAUGUAAUGUUGAGCGGUUCCACGACCUCGAUGGCACCCUCAUUACCAAGCCCGUCAAGUUCCGUAUCGAAGUCAAGUCUAAUUCUCAUAUUCUGGACUCUCCCCGAUUCGAUUUUCCUGGUACACCGUUGACCACCACUUUUCCCUCUUCCCCGUACCCGUGCGUGCUGGUCAUGACGCAAGAAAAGGGGGCUCAUUCAACGCUCAAGGCUGUGUAUGCAAGACUAAGGGCUAUGUGGAAGCUGGAUGCACUGGUUUCGCCCGUGCCUGUAACUCCUAAUCUGGGGUGA